AUGACUAACCUUCUCUGCAAGGCCAUCGAAUAUGUUUGGAUGCCUGAAGCGCACCAUCUCUUCAAACAGCUCAAGGAUGCUUUCACCUCCACUCCUGUUCUAGCAUAUCCAGACCCUUCCAAAGCAUUCAUAAUGGAAGACGAUGUAUCCAAUGUAACGGAUAUCCCAUUGGAGCCAUACUCUCCCAGAGCAUUUACUACUAGUACUCCAUCUGGAACAGUGAACUUCAUCCCGCCACUGACAACAAGCCCAGUAAUAACAUCCUUCAACCCUGCUCACAAUGGCCGCGUAUGCAGUACGUGGGGCAAUUUCCACUUCAAGACUUUUGAUGGGGACAUCUUUUACUUCCCUGGGCUCUGUAAUUACAUCUUUGCAUCCCACUGCAAUGCUGCCUAUGAGGACUUCAACAUCCAGAUCAGGCGCACCGUGGUGGAAAAUGCUCCUACAAUCAACCAUAUCACCAUGAAGCUCGAUGGGGUGGUUUUUGAAAUGGCAAAGAACUUUGUUGUUGUCAAUGGCAACAGGGUUCAGCUGCCUUACAGCCAGUCUGGAAUCAUGGCUGAGAGAAGCAGCAUGUAUAUGAAAGUGACUGCCAAAAUGGGCCUGGUUUUCAUGUGGAAUGAAGAUGACAGCAUCCUGCUGGAACUGAAUGACAAAUAUGCCAAUAAUACCUGUGGGCUUUGUGGGGACUUCAAUGGUAUUCCAACUUACAAUGAGUUCUUUUCAAAAGAUGCCAAGCUGACUGCCAUGCAAUUUGGAAAUAUGCAGAAGAUGGAUGGGCCAACAGAAGUCUGUGAGGAUCCUACAUCAUCCUCCCUAAACAACUGCACGGACAAUUUUGAUGACAUUUGCCGUAAAGUAUUGACUGGCCCUGCAUUUUCAGAAUGUAAUGCUCUAGUUGAGGUUAGCGACUACAUUAGGUCUUGUGAACACGACCUGUGCCGCUGUGACCAGUCUAAGAAUGCCUUCUGUAUUUGUAACACCUUUGGUGAAUACUCCCGGCAGUGCACCCAUGCCAAUGGACAACCUCUGAACUGGAGAACCCCAGAACUGUGUCCCAAGACAUGUCCUUUCAACAUGCAGUACCAGGAAUGUGGAUCCCCCUGCACUGACACCUGCACCAACCCUGAAAGAUCUCAGGUCUGUGAAGAUCACUGUAUGGAUGGCUGCUUCUGUCCUCCAGGAACUGUGCUUGAUGACAUUAACAAUGCUGGCUGCAUCCCCCUUCAGGAGUGUUCCUGUCCUUACAAUGGCAACUCUUACGCUCCAGGGACAUCUUUUGGAGCCCAUUGCCAUUCCUGUACCUGCAAUGGAGGUCAGUGGAACUGCAAAGACAUUCCGUGCCCUGGGUCUUGUACAGUAGAGGGAGGUUCACACAUCUCCACAUAUGAUGAAAAACGUUACAAUGUCCAUGGAGACUGCACUUAUGUUUUGUCUAAGCUCUGUGAAAAUGACACAUUCACUGUUCUGGGAGAACUCCGCACCUGCGGCUUGACAGACACUGAGACAUGCUUAAAGACAAUAGCCCUCAGCAUUAACGGGGGACAAACUAUCAUUGUGAUCAAGUCUGGAGGGGGUGUGUUUGUGAAUUGGAUCUACACUCAGUUGCCCUUCUCAGCAGCUAAUGUCACCAUUUUCAGACCCUCAUCCUUCUUCAUCAUGGUGGAGACAAACUUUGGACUCCAGCUGGAGAUCCAGCUUGUACCUGUCAUGCAAGUGUUUGUGCGACUGGAUCCAUCUUUCAAAGGGCAGACCUGUGGUCUCUGUGGAAACUUCAACAAUGUUGAGGCUGAUGACUUCAAAGCCAUAAGUGGUGUAGUGGAAGGAACAGCAGCUGCAUUUGCUAAUACCUGGAAAACACAAGCUUCAUGCCCUAACAUCAAAAACAACUUUGAGAAUCCUUGUGCCCUCAGCGUAGAAAAUGAAAAGUAUGCUCAGCACUGGUGUGGAUUGCUGACAGACAGCACAGGACCUUUUGUCAAUUGCCACUCCACAGUGAAUCCAGCUGUUUACCACACGAACUGUCUGUUUGACACCUGUAACUGUGAGAAGAGUGAGGAUUGUAUGUGUGCUGCCCUCUCUUCCUAUGUGAGAGCUUGUGCUGCCAAAGGAGUCCAGCUGGAGGGAUGGAGGACUGAUGUCUGUUCCAAAUACACAACUUCGUGUCCCAAAUCCUUGACCUACAGCUAUAACAUCAGUUCCUGUCAACCCACUUGCCGGUCUCUGAGUGAGCCCGAUGUCACAUGUAACAUCAGGUUCAUUCCAGUUGAUGGUUGCUCCUGUGAAAAAGGAACCUACAUGGAUGAAUAUGGCAAAUGUGUGUCUGCUAACAAAUGUCCUUGUUAUUACAAAGGAUCUCCCAUUCCCUCUGGGGAAGCUGUUCAUGAAGAUGGUCUUGUCUGCACUUGUGCACAGGGUAAGCUGAGCUGCAUUGGAGCUGUGAACCAAAUGGCAGUUUGCGCUCCUCCCAUGGUCUACUUUGACUGCAGAAAUAUCACUGCAGGCACUAGUGGAGCCGAAUGCCAGAAGAGCUGCCAGACUCUUGACAUGCAGUGUUACAGCACACAGUGUAUGUCUGGCUGCAUGUGCCCCUCUGGGCUAGUGUCGGAUGGUAAAGGCAGCUGUAUUGCUGAAGAGGAAUGUCCAUGUAUUCACAACGAGGCUACCUACAAACCAGGGGAAGAGAUCAAAGUUGACUGCAACACCUGCGUGUGUAAGAACAGGAUGUGGAACUGCACCAGUGAACAAUGCCUGGGUACGUGCGCUAUUUAUGGAGAUGGGCAUUACAUCACAUUUGAUGACAAACGGUUUAGCUUCAACGGAGAUUGUGAAUACACAUUAGUCCAGGACCACUGUGGGAAAAACAGCACAGUCAAUGGAACCUUCCGAGUUGUCACUGAAAACAUCCCCUGUGGCUCCACUGGGACUACCUGCUCUAAGUCUAUUAAAGUCUUCCUUGUGGGCUAUGAGUUGAUACUCAGUGAGGAACACCUUGAAGUGGUAGAAAGAGAAAAUGGAAGGCAAAUGCCAUACCAAGUCCGCUCUAUGGGCAUAUACUUAGUUAUUGAGACCAACAAUGGACUGAUCCUCAUGUGGGAUAAGAAAACCAGCAUCUUCAUCAAACUCAGCCCUGAUUUCAAGGGUCAGGUCUGUGGCUUGUGUGGGAACUACGAUGGCAAUGGCAUUAAUGACUUUACCACCAGAAGUCAGUCUGUGGUAGGAGAUGUGCUGGAGUUUGGAAACAGCUGGAAAGUGUCUCUUACUUGUCCUGAUGCCAAUUCUGCAAAGGACCCGUGCUCUACCAACCCUUAUAGGAAGUCCUGGUCACAGAGGCAGUGCAGCAUUAUCAACAGUGAAGUCUUUGCUGCGUGUCACUCUCAGGUUGAACCAACUAAAUAUUAUGAAGCAUGUGUGACUGAUGCUUGUGCUUGUGACAGUGGGGGAGACUGUGAAUGUUUCUGUACAGCAGUAGCUGCAUAUGCUCAAGCAUGUAGUGAAUUUGGUGUCUGUGUAGCCUGGAGAACUCCAUCAAUCUGUCCUAUGUUCUGUGAUUAUUACAACCCAGAAGGGGUAUGCGAGUGGCACUACAAGCCUUGUGGAGCCCCCUGCAUGAAGACCUGUAGGAAUCCAAGUGGAAGAUGCCUUCAUAAGUUACCAGGUUUAGAAGGCUGCUAUCCAAACUGUCCAGCAAACAAGCCAUAUUUCAAUGAGGAUGAAAUGACGUGUGUUGAUAACUGUGGCUGUUAUGAUGCUGAAGGAAACUACCACAAACCAGGAGUGAGCUUCUACUCACGGGACAACUGUCAGUCAUGUACCUGUACAAUGGAAGGCUCAGAGUGCAAGUUUGAUGCUGAAGCAUGUUAUUGCUAUUAUGAAGAACAAAAAUAUAAAUAUAAGGAUGUCAUUUAUAACACCACAGAUGGGAUUGGAGGGUGUUUGAGUGCAACUUGUGACAUCAACGGAACAAUAACCAGAAAAUUCUUUGAAUGCAGUGGAAUUACAGCUACCACCCCAUUCACAUUUAGUACAGUUCUACCUACGAGAACAACAACUACACCAUCAGUUACAACAGUGUGUGUUCACAAAGUGUGCGAUUGGUCAGAAUGGUAUGAUAGCAGCAAUCCAGCACAAAGCUCCAACAAUGGAGAUUUGGAAACAUUUGAAAAUAUAAGAGCUAAAGGACAUAGUGUUUGCAAAACUCCAAGCGCUGUGGAAUGCAGAGCACAACAAUACCCGGGCACACCACUAAAAAACCUGAACCAAAAUGUGACAUGUAGCAAAGACAUAGGACUCAUAUGUAAUAACGAGGAUCAGAUUUCAACAAUCUGCUACAACUAUGAGAUCAAAAUAUUAUGUUGUACUUAUGUACCAUGUGAGUCUACACCAUCUACGCCAUCAGGAACAGCUAGUGCACACCCAACAGUAACAGCUACCUCACUUGAGCACAGCAACAAGCUCAACCGGUACACCACCACUGCCAACAACCAGAAUGCCACCUGCGACAGGCACGCGUCCACAACCUUCACCGGGCACAGCAACAGGCUCAACCGGUACACCACCACGGCCAACAGGCACAAUCCCACCUGCGACAGGCACACGUCCACAACCUUCACCGGGUUCCACCCUUCCUCCUCCCGGACGAACCACCACCGAAGGCACCACACUCCUCUCUACACGGCCAACAUCACAGAGAAGCACCACAACGCUUCUACCCCCACUUUCCACUACCGUAUCAGUCACGUCCACUGCUUCUCCUCCAACUCCAGGCACAGCAACGGGCUCAACCGGUACACCACCACGGCCAACAGGCACAAUCCCACCUGCGACAGGCACACGUCCACAACCUUCACCGGAACCACCACUGAAGGCACCACACUCAUAUCUACACGGCCAACAUCACAGGGAAGCACCACCACGCUUCUACCCCCACUUUCCACUACCAUAUCAGUCCCCUCCACUGCUACUCCUCCAACUCCAGGCACAGCAACAGUCUCAACCGGUACACCACCACUGCCAACAGGCACAAUCCCACCUGCGACAGGCGCGCAUCUACAACCUUCACCGGGUUCCACUCUUCCUCCUCCCGGACGAACCACCACUGAAGGCACCACACUCCUCUCUACACAGCCAACAUCACAGGGAAGCGCCACCACGCUUCUACCCCCACUUUCCACUACCGUGUCAGUCACCUCCACUGCUUCUCCUCCAACUCCAGGCACAGCAACAGGCUCAACCGGUACACCACCACGGCCAACAGGCACAUUCCCACCUGCGACAGGCACACGUCCACAACCUUCACCGGGUUCCACCCUUCCUCCUCCCGGACGAACCACCACUGAAGGCACCACACUCCUCUCUACACGGCCAACAUCACAGAGAAGCACCACCACGCUUCUACCCCCACUUUCCACUACGGUAUCAGUCACCUCCACUCCUUCUCCUCCAACUCCAGGCACAGCAACAGGCUCAACCGGUACACCACCACGGCCAACAGGCACAAUCACACCUGCGACAGCCACACGUCCACAACCUUCACUGGGUUCCACUCUUCCUCCUCCCGGACAAACCACCACUGAGGGCACCACACUCCUCUCUACACGGCCAACAUCACAGGGAAGCACCACCACGCUUCUACCCCCACUUUCCACUACCGUAUCAGUCACCUCCACUGCUUCUCCUCCAACUCCAGGCACAGCAACAGGCUCAACCGGUGCACCACCACUGCCAACAACCAGAAUCCCACCUGCGACAGGCACGCGUCCACAACCUUCACCGGGUUCCACCCUUUCUCCUCCUGGACGAACCACCACUGAAGGCACCAUACUCCUCUCUACACAGCCAACAUCACAGGGAAGCACCACCACGCUUCUACCCCCAGUUUCCACUACCAUAUCAGUCACCUCCACUGCUUCUCCUCCAACUCCAGGCACAGCAACAGGCUCAACCGGUACACCACCACGGCCAACAGGCACAAUCCCACCUGCGACAGGCACACGUCCACAACCUUCACCGGGUUCCACCCUUCCUCCUCCCGGACGAACCACCACCGAAGGCACCACACUCCUCUCUACACGGCCAACAUCACAGAGAAGCACCACAACGCUUCUACCCCCACUUUCCACUACCGUAUCAGUCACGUCCACUGCUUCUCCUCCAACUCCAGGCACAGCAACAGGCUCAACCGGUACACCACCACGGCCAACAGGCACAAUCCCACCUCUGACAGGCACACGUCCACAACCUUCACCGGGUUCCACCCUUCCUCCUCCCGGACGAACCACCACUGAAGGCACCACACUCCUCUCUACACGGCGAACAUCACAGGGAAGCACCACCACGCUUCCACCCCCACUUUCCACUACCGUAUCAGUCACCUCCACUGCUUCUCCUCCAACUCCAGGCACAGCAACAGGCUCAACCGGUACACCACCACGGCCAACAGGCACAAUCCCACCUGCGACAGGCACACGUCCACAACCUUCACCGGGUUCCACUAUUCCUCCUCCCGGACGAACCACCACUGAAGGCACCACACUCCUCUCCACACGGCCAACAUCACAGGGAAGCACCACCACGCUUCUACCCCCACUUUCCACUACCGUGUCAGUCACCUCCACUGCUUCUCCUCCAACUCCAGGCACAGCAACAGGCUCAACCGGUGCACCACCACUGCCAACAACCAGAAUCCCACCUGCGACAGGCACGCGUCCACAACCUUCACCGGGUUCCACCCUUUCUCCUCCCGGACGAACCACCACUGAAGGCACCACACUCCUCUCUACACAGCCAACAUCACAGGGAAGCACCACCACGCUUCUACCCCCACUUUCCACUACCGUAUCAGUCACCUCCACUGCUUCUCCUCCAACUCCAGGCACAGCAACGGUCUCAACCGGUACACCACCACGGCCAACAGGCACAAUCCCACCUGCGACAAGCACACGUCCACAACCUUCACCGGGUUCCACCCUUCCUCCUCCCGGACGUACAACCACUGAAGGCACCACACUCCUCUCUACACGGCCAACAUCACAGAGAAGCACCACAACGCUUCUACCCCCACUUUCCACUACCGUAUCAGUCACCUCCACUGCUUCUCCUCCAACUCCAGGCACAGCAACAGGCUCAACGGGUACACCACCACGGCCAACAGGCACAAUCCCACCUGCGACAGGCACACGUCCACAACCUUCACCGGGUUCCACUCUUCCUCCUCCCAGACGAACCACCACCGAAGGCACCACACUCCUCUCUACACGGCCAACAUCACAGGGAAGCACCACCACGCUUCUACCCCCACUUUCCACUACCGUAUCAGUCACCUCCACUGCUUCUCCUCCAACUCCAGGCACAGCAACGGGCUCAACCGGUACACCACCACUGCCAACAACCAGAAUCCCACCUCUGACAGGCACAGCAACGGGCUCAACCGGUACACCACCACUGCCAACAACCAGAAUCCCACCUGCGACAGGCACGCGUCCACAACCUUCACCGCGUUCCACCCUUUCUCCUCCCGGACGAACCACCACUGAAGGCACCACACUCCUCUCUACACAGCCAACAUCACAGGGAAGCACCUCCACUGCUUCUCCUCCAACUCCAGGCACAGCAACAGGCUCAACCGGUACACCACCACGGCCAACAGGCACAAUCCCACCUCCGACAGGCACACGUCCACAACCUUCACCGGGUUCCACUCUUCCUCGCACAGCAACGGUCUCAACCGGUACACCACCACGGCCAACAGGCACAAUCCCACCUCUGACAGGCACACGUCCACAACCUUCACCGGGUUCCACCCUUCCUCCUCCCGGACGAACCACCACUGAGGGCACCACACUCCUCUCUACACGGCCAACAUCACAGGGAAGCACCACCACGCUUCUACCCCCACUUUCCACUACCAUAUCAGUCACCUCCACUGCUUCUCCUCCAACUCCAGGCACAGCAACGGGCUCAACCGGUACACCACCACGGCCAACAGGCACAAUCCCACCUGCGACAGGCACACGUCCACAACCUUCACCGGGUUCCACCCUUCCUCCUCCCGGAAGAACCACCACUGAAGGCACCACACUCCUCUCUACACGGCCAACAUCACAGGGAAGCACCACCACGCUUCUACCCCCACUUUCCACUACCGUGUCAGUCACCUCCACUGCUUCUCCUCCAACUCCAGGCACAGCAACAGGCUCAACCGGUGCACCACCACUGCCAACAACCAGAAUCCCACCUGCGACAGGCACGCGUCCACAACCUUCACCGGGUUCCACCCUUUCUCCUCCCGGACGAACCACCACUGAAGGCACCACACUCCUCUCUACACGGCCAACAUCACAGGGAAGCACCACCACGCUUCUACCCCCACUUUCCACUACCAUAUCAGUCACCUCCACUGCUUCUUCUCCAACUCCAGGCACAGCAACGGGCUCAACCGGUACACCACCACGAACCACCACUGAAGGCACCACACUCCUCUCUACACGGCCAACAUCACAGGGAAGCACCACCACGCUUCUACCCCCACUUUCCACUACCGUAUCAGUCACCUCCACUGCUUCUCCUCCAACUCCAGGCACAGCAACGGGCUCAACCGGUACACCACCACGGCCAACAGGCACAAUCCCACCUCUGACAGGCACACGUCCACAACCUUCACCGGGUUCCACCCUUCCUCCUCCCGGACGAACCACCACUGAAGGCACCACACUCCUCUCUACACGGCCAACAUCACAGGGAAGCACCACCACGCUUCUACCCCCACUUUCCACUACCGUAUCAGUCACCUCCACUGCUUCUCCUCCAGCUCCAGGCACAGCAACAGGCUCAACCGGUACACCACCACGGCCAACAGGCACAAUCCCACCUGCGACAAGCACACGUCCACAACCUUCACCGGGUUCCACCCUUCCUCCUCCCGGACGUACCACCACUGAAGGCACCACACUCCUCUCUACACGGCCAACAUCACAGAGAAGCACCACCACGCUUCUACCCCCACUUUCCACUACCGUAUCAGUCACCUCCACUGCUUCUCCUCCAACUCCAGGCACAGCAACAGGCUCAACCGGUACACCACCACGGCCAACAGGCACAAUCCCACCUCCGACAGGCACACGUCCACAACCUUCACCGGGUUCCACCCUUCCUCCUCCCGGACGAACCACCACUGAAGGCACCACACUCCUCUCUACACGGCCAACAUCACAGGGAAGCACCACCACGCUUCCACCCCCACUUUCCACUACCGUUUCAGUCACCUCCACUGCUUCUCCUCCAACUCCAGGCACAGCAACAGGAUCAACCGGUGCACCACCACUGCCAACAACCAGAAUCCCACCUGCGACAGGCACGCAUCCACAACCUUCACCGGGUUCCACCCUUUCUCCUCCCGGACGAACCACCACUGAAGGCACCACACUCCUCUCUACACAGCCAACAUCACAGGGAAGCACCACCACGCUUCUACCCCCACUUUCCACUACCGUAUCAGUCACCUCCACUGCUUCUCCUCCAACUCCAGGCACAGCAACAGGCUCAACCGGUACACCACCACGGCCAACAGGCACAAUCCCACCUCCGACAGGCACACGUCCACAACCUUCACCGGGUUCCACUCUUCCUCCUUCCAGACGAACCACCACCGAAGGCACCACACUCCUCUCUACACGGCCAACAUCACAGGGAAGCACCACCACGCUUCUACCCCCACUUUCCACUACCGUAUCAGUCACGUCCACUGCUUCUCCUCCAACUCCAGGCACAGCAACGGGCUCAACCGGUACACCACCACUGCCAACAACCAGAAUCCCACCUGCGACAGGCACGCGUCCACAACCUUCACCGGGUUCCACCCUUCCUCCUCCCGGACGAACCACCACUGAAGGCACCACACUCCUCUCUACACGGCCAACAUCACAGAGAAGCACCACCAUGCUUCUACCCCCACUUUCCACUACCGUAUCAGUCACCUCCACUGCUUCUCCUCCAACUCCAGGCACAGCAACAGGCUCAACCGGUACACCACCACGGCCAACAGGCACAAUCCCACCUCCGACAGGCACACGUCCACAACCUUCACCGGGUUCCACUCUUCCUCCUCCCAGACGAACCACCACCGAAGGCACCACGCUCCUCUCUACACGGCCAACAUCACAGGGAAGCACCACCACGCUUCUACCCCCACUUUCCACUACCGUAUCAGUCACCUCCACUGCUUCUCCUCCAACUCCAGGCACAGCAACGGGCUCAACCGGUACACCACCACUGCCAACAACCAGAAUCCCACCUGCGACAGGCACGCGUCCACAACCUUCACCGGGUUCCACCCUUUCUCCUCCCGGACGAACCACCACUGAAGGCACCACACUCCUCUCUACACAGCCAACAUCACAGGGAAGCACCACCACGCUUCUACCCCCACUUUCCACUACCGUAUCAGUCACCUCCACUGCUUCUCCUCCAACUCCAGGCACAGCAACAGGCUCAACCGGUACACCACCACGGCCAACAGGCACAAUCCCACCUCCGACAGGCACACGUCCACAACCUUCACCGGGUUCCACUCUUCCUCCUCCCAGACGAACCACCACUGAAGGCACCACACUCCUCUCUACACGGCCAACAUCACAGGGAAGCACCACCACGCUUCUACCCCCACUUUCCACUACCGUAUCAGUCACCUCCACUGCUUCUCCUCCAACUCCAGGCACAGCAACGGUCUCAACCGGUACACCACCACGGCCAACAGGCACAAUCCCACCUCUGACAGGCACACGUCCACAACCUUCACCGGGUUCCACCCUUCCUCCUCCCGGACGAACCACCACUGAAGGCACCACACUCCUCUCUACACGGCCAACAUCACAGGGAAGCACCACCACGCUUCUACCCCCACUUUCCACUACCGUGUCAGUCACCUCCACUGCUUCUCCUCCAACUCCAGGCACAGCAACAGGCUCAACCGGUGCACCACCACUGCCAACAACCAGAAUCCCACCUGCGACAGGCACGCGUCCACAACCUUCACCGGGUUCCACCCUUUCUCCUCCCGGACGAACCACCACUGAAGGCACCACACUCCUCUCUACACGGCCAACAUCACAGGGAAGCACCACCACGCUUCUACCCCCACUUUCCACUACCAUAUCAGUCACCUCCACUGCUUCUUCUCCAACUCCAGGCACAGCAACGGGCUCAACCGGUACACCACCACGGCCAAAAACCAGAAUCCCACCUGCAACAGGCACGCGUCCACAACCUUCACCGGGUUCCACCCUUCCUCCUCCCGGACGAACCACCACUGAAGGCACCACACUCCUCUCUACACGGCGAACAUCACAGGGAAGCACCACCACGCUUCUACCCCCACUUUCCACUACCGUAUCCGUCACCUCCACUGCUUCUCCUCCAGCUCCAGGCACAGCAACAGGCUCAACCGGUACACCACCACGGCCAACAGGCACAAUCCCACCUGCGACAGGCACACAUCCACAACCUUCACCGGGUUCCACCCUUCCUCCUCCCGGACGAACCACCACUGAGGGCACCACACUCCUCUCUACACGGCCAACAUCACAGGGAAGCACCACCACGCUUCUACCCCCACUUUCCACUACCGUGUCAGUCACCUCCACUGCUUCUCCUCCAACUCCAGGCACAGCAACAGGCUCAACCGGUACACCACCACGGCCAACAGGCACAAUCCCACCUGCGACAGGCACACGUCCACAACCUUCACCGGGUUCCACCCUUUCUCCUCCCGGACGAACCACCACUGAAGGCACCACACUCCUCUCUACACAGCCAACAUCACAGGGAAGCACCACCACGCUUCUACCCCCACUUUCCACUACCGUAUCAGUCACCUCCACUGCUUCUCCUCCAACUCCAGGCACAGCAACAGGCUCAACCGGUGCACCACCACUGCCAACAAGCACAAUCCCACCUGCGACAGGCACGCGUCCACAACCUUCACCGGGUUCCACCCUUUCUCCUCCCGGACGAACCACCACUGAAGGCACCACACUCCUCUCUACACAGCCAACAUCACAGGGAAGCACCACCACGCUUCUACCCCCACUUUCCACUACCGUAUCAGUCACCUCCACUGCUUCUCCUCCAACUCCAGGCACAGCAACAGGCUCAACCGGUACACCACCACGGCCAACAGGCACAAUCCCACCUCCGACAGGCACACGUCCACAACCUUCACCGGGUUCCACUCUUCCUCCUCCCGGACGAACCACCACUGAAGGCACCACACUCCUCUCUACACGGCCAACAUCACAGGGAAGCACCACCAUGCUUCUACCCCCACUUUCCACUACCGUAUCAGUCACCUCCACUGCUUCUCCUCCAACUCCAGGCUCAGCAACGGGCUCAACCGGUACACCACCACGGCCAACAGGUGAAGUUAUAUACAACAGAACAGAUAGCACUAGUUGUAGUUUUUAUGCACUUUGCAGUAAAAGAUGCGAAAUUGAACGAUUCCAGGGGCCAUGUCCUACAACAACUCCUGUUUCAUUAAUCUCAUCAUCUACAAUACCAACUAAACCUACUCCAGUAGUAGGUUGCCCUGAUGCUGACCCACCACGAAAGAGGAAUGAAUCCUGGAUGUUAAACAACUGCACUACGGCAACUUGUGAGGGAGACAACAGAAUUGUUCUAGUGCUUCCUCCAGCUGUAGAGACGAUUACUUGUGCAAGUGGACUCCCACCAAUAAAAGUCUAUGAUGAGGAUGGCUGCAACUACCACUAUGAGUGUGACUGUGUUUGCAGCGGCUGGAGCAAUUCUCACUACUUGACUUUUGAUGGCACUCACUACACAUUCCAUGACAACUGCACAUAUGUGCUGAUGAAACAGAUUGUGCCCAAAUACAAUUUCAGCAUCCUUGUUGACAAUGACUUCUGUGAUGUGGCUGAUGGAUUCUCCUGCCCCAGAUCUAUCAUUGUGAAUUACAACUCCAUGGAAAUAGUGCUGAGCAGUAAGAUAUACCAGGGGAAGAGAAAUAACAAGAUUCUUGUCAACAAGGAGCCAAUCAAUGGAGGCUUCAGCAGAGAUGGCAUUUCAGUUGCCAAUGGUGGAACAGACAUGGUUGUUGAAAUCCCGGACAUCAAGUCUUACAUCUCCUUCAGUGGACUCACCUUCACAGUGAAAAUGCCAUUCAGGAUGUUUAGAAACAACACUGAAGGCCAGUGUGGCACGUGUUCAAAUGACAAGGUGGACGAAUGCCGCAUGCCAAGUGGAGAAGUAGUUUCCUCUUGUUCAGAGAUGGCUGCCACCUGGCAGGUUCAGGAUGAAAAUAAGCCCAGUUGUGAAGGGCCCCCAACACCACCUGUCACGCCAACAACUCCACCUGUGCCCUGCAAUUCUACUUCUCCUCUUUGUGAGCUGAUUUUGAGCGAUCUCUUUGCAGAGUGUCAUAAGAUUCUGACUCCCAGCACAUUCUACGAGAGUUGCAUCUUUGAUUCAUGCCAUGUUACCAAAAAAGCUAUACCCUGCUUCCAUUUGGAAACGUAUGCCUCCCUCUGCUCUGCUAAAGGUGCCUGCGCCGACUGGAGAAGCAAGACCCAAGGACAAUGCCCAUACAACUGUCCUCAAGGCAAGGUGUAUGAUGCGUGUGGCCCUCUUAACCCUGUCACCUGUAAUUCCGGAACUGUUAACCACAUAAGUGAAUAUGUUGCUGAAGGAUGCUUCUGCCCCAGGGGUUCGAUUCUCUUCAAUUCAUACACUGACGUCUGUGUGUCAGAAUGCGUUUGCGUGGGACCAGAUGGAAUGCCCAAACUGCCUGGAGACAUUUGGAAGAGUAACUGCCAGGAGUGUGUCUGUGACCCAUUCUCUGUUACUGUACAAUGUAAGUCACUUACAUGUCAAACACCCGAGACACGCGUGUGUGAGAAAGAAGGAUUCGUAUCUGUCCCAGUGUUGACACCAGAAGACCCAUGCUGUCCUGAAACUGAAUGCAGAUGCAAUACAAGCGCCUGUUCCCGGGCCAAGACAACUUGUGAGCCAGGGUAUCGGCUCAUCACAAUCCUUUCAGAAGGAGACUGCUGUGUCAAUCAUACAUGUGAACCAAUACCAGAUGUCUGUGUGCUUAAUGGAACUAUUUACCAGGGUUAUGAAUACACAAUGAAAGAUGGAGAGUGCUGCGGAAAGUGUGUCCAGGUGGCUUGCACAAUCAAGCUGACUAACAACACUGUCCAGGUGCUCAAGCCGGGUGAUAUCUGGAAGCCUGAAGAUAAUCCAUGCAGGUAUUACAAAUGUGAAGAAGCUGAAGAUCAGCUUAUUUCAGUCACUGUUCUGAGAACAUGUCCUGCCUUUGACCCAGAGGACUGCAAGCCUGACGAAGUACACCUGACUCCUGAUGGCUGCUGCAAAACUUGUACCGCUACGUCAACAAACUGCAAGGUUUACAAGAACUCAACCGUGAUCCGCCACAAUGAAUGUGAAUCUUCUGAGCCUGUUGAACUGACGUACUGCGAAGGUGUUUGUGCCAGCUCCUCAAUGUAUUCCUCUGAAGCACAGCAGAUGCAACACAAGUGUAACUGCUGCCGGGAACUCAAGAGCCACAAGAGAGAGGUGACCCUGACGUGCCGCAAUGGAACAAGCAUGAAUUAUGACUAUGUCUAUGUGGAACAGUGCCAAUGCAUAAGUGGAUGCAUUAUGGAAACCACAACCACACAACAGUUCCAGCAGGAAGAAAAGCAGAGAACAAGAUGAUCUUAGGAAAAAAGAACCCAAGAAGUCUAAAGCAGUUAAAAUCAAAAGCAACAUAGAUAAAAUAACCUGUGCAUCGUCUUAAAACACCGUUUCUUACUUAUUUCAGUUUCCACUAUCACCAUUUUUCACUUCUUAAAUGUGAGACUAUUCAGAAGCCAAAUAACUAAGUCUUCCUAUGUAUUUUCAUUUCUAAACAAUACAGCUUUUGAGGGGGGAAAGGAUGAACAAAAUUAUAACUUGCAUUGUUCUUCCUGAUUUAAGCCAAAAAGUACUUUCCUUUACCAUUUCCCCUGUGAAGGUUGUAGACCAUUUAGUUCUAUCCUUUUCGCCAAUUUUUUUUUUUUUUAGUAUUUUCAUUGUUUCAAUGGGUCACCCAUUAUGGUUAUUUGUGUGCACGUGUAUAUAUGAAAACAACUGAAGACCCCUGGAAAAUAGCCUUUGUUUACAUCAUGGGCAUUCGCAAUUAUUCCAGUCAACUGUUUACAACAUUAACAUUUCGGCAAGAAGUAGUAGGAUGACUCUUUAAAACAAAAAUAAUGGUGAUAGUGAGGUAAUGUUUUACGUAGAAAACUGAAUUUUGUAGUUACGUUGCACAGUCCUUGGCUAUUUGUUUGUGAGUAGAGAAAUAAUUUUAUUGGGGGAGGUCACUGUCUAUGGAUUUAAGGUUUUGUAUGGGGUUAACAGGCAGUCUUUUCCUGUUCAUUUUGUUCUUACAUGAUUAAUAAAGCUUUCAGCAUUUUUCAACUUCGGUGACUUUGCUGCUUUCUCU